AUGGCAGGCCUACACACAAAGUCAGCCAUGGGCGCCCCCUUCUCCUUGGCCGCGGCCUUCCGAAGCCUUUCUAUCGCUGCGCCGAAGCGAUCUUUCUCAACAACUCCAGCAAUCCAGUCGAUCCCGAAACUCCCGCCACAAGCCCCAGUCUACCCCUACGGACCAAGCCAAUGGUACAAGCAGCAGGAUUCUGGUCUGUACGGAGGUGCCACCAUCCAAUUCGGCAAUAAGAUCUCCAAAGGACGCAACGAAGGCAAGACACGACGAAGCUGGAAGCCCAACGUGCGCCGGAAGAAGAUCGAGAGUGAGGCCCUAGGCCAAGAGCUAUUCAUCAAGGUCACUCGUCGUGCAUUACGCUCAAUCAACAAGGCCAAGGGUCUUGACAACUAUCUGCUCUCUGACCGUCCAACUCGCAUCAAGGAGCUCGGUCCAUUCGGCUGGAACCUCCGAUACCAGGUCAUGCAAUCACCGAAGAUUCAAGCGCGGUUUGCGAAGGAGCGCAAGAGUCUUGGUGUACCCGAGCCUCCAUCACUCGCCGAAUUCCUGAAGGCUAAGGAGGCAGAGAUAGAACAGAAGAUUCAAGAAAUUGACAUUGACGCAAUGACCAAGCCUCGUCGCACGAAGCUACAAGGCCAGAAGUAUGGUUCCUUGAACUAG